CUUCGAGGUUGUCCAGGGAUGUGACAGAUGCGCGAGCCCAAGACUAGCCUCAUGAAUUAAGAGAGACAGGAUUCUUCUAUCUUCUCUCCUGGACUGUGCCCUAUUCCGUCUGCUCAAUCGUAAUGUGCAAAAAGCACUUUGUAACUUUGAAGAUGUGCUUAGGGUUGUCCUUGAAGAUUGUUCCAAGCUCACUUUGCACCCCUCUCUUGUCUCUCACUUCUCUCCACUCGCUCCCACAUUUCACGCCAAUGAGCAUGCCGCCACGGGCUCACAGAGCGCAGUCUGGAACAUACGACAUGUUUGCUUCUGAGCUGUUCACGUUCAUACAUGCACAGCGCCGGUAGCAGCUGCACCGAAGACCGCAUCUUACUAAAUAGCACAUUUAAAAAAAAAAAAAAAAAGGAGACGAGGACCUCAUCUGCUCUGCACAGACUCAACAGAAUCCAGGAUUAGUGCCAUGAAGACCAGACUGGGAUGUUUCUCUCACAAAUCUGACUCCUGCACUGACUUGACGGAGUUCCUGGCCCCAGCCCAUGAAACCACUGCCAGGUGUUUGAAAUUGUCAACAGAUGAGGUGCUUCGAUGGUCUGAAUCAUUUGAUCACGUUCUGUCCCACAAAUAUGGUCUGGCCGCCUUCCGAGCAUUUCUCGAAACCGAGUUUAGUGAUGAGAACAUCGAGUUUUGGAUGGCCUGCGAGGACUACAAAAAACUCAAGAGUUCAAGCAAACUUCUGUCGAAAGCAAAUCGGAUCUUCAAGGAAUUCAUCGAUGUCCAGGCACCGCGAGAGAUUAACAUUGACCAUGAAACCCGCGACAUCACCAAAGCCAACAUGCACUCGCCGUCACCGUGCUGCUUCGACCAGGCGCAGCACAAGAUCUACAUGCUCAUGGCCAAAGACUGCUACCCGCGCUUCCUGCGCUCACCGGCCUUCAGGGAUCUCGUCAGUGAAGCCAAGCCAAGCGGCAAGCCGCCAAAAGAGCCCCGGCUGGGGAAGAAGGCGUGAAAGGAAGCCGUGCUGACGGUCAAAGGCGUGUCCUCUCAUGAAAGACCUCGCACUCUGAAAGCUUGAAAAGAAAGAAAACGUGGGAUUCCUGUCCCCCCCCCAACUGGAGUUUCAAUGAAAAGCGGUCCGGUGGUCAAGAAAGGUGGUUCGGAAAGUCACAAAAACAAAAAAGGGGCCACCGCGGAAGCUUGUGAGAAAUGGAAUCGCACUUUUUUAAGUUUGCCUCUACUGAAAAGGAUAAAAUAUAACUGGUGUCGGUGUCGAGGCAAACGUGUUUGUAACGUCUAUGUCAAAGUCCAGCACUGUUUGUGACGAAAUCAUUUUUUUGUAGAUUUUUGUAUUUAUGUGGCUGUAUUUUGUGUGUUUUUACAAAAGAAAGGCUAUAAUCAUGUGCAAUAUAAUAUAUUGAGAUAUGAAGGUUGUAUUUUUACACAGCAGCAAAUAAAGUUGACAUGCUCAAUU